AAUAUUUAUCUCAGUAUUUGCAAAUUAAAUAUAUAUUUUUAGUUUUUAGUAAUAGAUUAUAUAAAGUAGAUCAAAAUGGGGCCGAAGAAAGGCAAAGGAAAAGGAGGUAAAGGUAAAGGUAAAGGUAAAAAGAAAAAGGCACCUCCACCGCCGCCCCCUGAACCAGAGGAACAAAUUGAAUGGUCGGAGGAAGAAGAGAAAGAAUUAGAUUUUCUCGUAGACAUAAAUGAUGAAUUUUUUGAUACUGCAAAUAGGAUAGUUCAACUAUUAAUGGAGAAAAUGCGAAUAUUCGAAGCAUCAAGAAUAAAGAAAUAUGUUAAUAUCAUAUAUUCGCUUCACACGAAAUAUGUGGAAGAAGUUGCAGAAAAUGAAGAAAUGCGUCCUAAAAUUAUAAUAGCAGAAAAUAAAUUACGAUACUCUUUGGAACUGGUUGCGCAUUCACAAGAAGCAAUGGAUAUACUUAGAGGAAAUCUUGCCGAUGCUUGGAGGGAGACAGAUGCAUCUCUAGUGCGUGAGCAAGACGUACAGGAGAAGUUACAAGAAGUUCUUUUAAAAUGUAAAGGUUAUGAAGCUAAGGAAGAACAGGAACAAGAUGAUAAUGCUGAAUUUGGAAGUUUGGGAAAAUAUAAAAAUAUUAUAUUGCGUGAACGUGAUCGUCUCAACGGUGAAGUUUUGGAUCUUGAGAAGCGUUUACAAUUGCAAAGAUAUUAUAGUGAAUCUUUGGAAUACAUUGUCAAAAAUAACGAGGAUUCCAUAAAUAAACUAAAUGUACGAGUACGAGUUAUGUUGAGUGAAAAAUCAAGUUUGGAUAUUAAGGUUAGAAAUUUGAAAAACAAUUUAGAUGAUCAAAAGGAACUUACCCAAAGGUCAGAAUUAAAGCUUGAAGUGGUUAAUAGAGAUCUUUAUGAAACCAGCAACAAAUUGAGUAAAAAAACUUACGACUUUGAUCAUCUGAAACUGGCAGUUGAUAAAAUGCGAAAUGAUAAUUCUCUUCUAAGUAAACAAGUUCUGAAAAGUGAGGACGAUAUCAAGGAGUUACGUAAAGAACAGAAAUACAAUGAGGAAGUUAUACGAAAUCAACGCUUGGAAGACACGAGUAAAGCAAAUGUAAUUCAACAAUUAACUAUAAAAUUCAAAAAAUCCAUGCAAGAUUAUGGCUCCAUGUCAUCAAAAGUUUACAAAAUGAACAAAAUAAAUCAUGGUCUAAAUGAAGAAAUUGUACGCUUAAAAAAUCAAAUAAACGCUCUAGAAAAAAGUAUAAUUACAUCGGGACACACAUACGAAGAGUUACGUCAAGUAAAGGAUAAUAUACUUCGAGAACGUGAUGUCUUGCGCAGUGACAUAAUAAAAACGAAUAAUAUUAUGGCUGAUCUAAGACAUCAGAUAAUGGUGCAGAGCAAUACGAUGGAUGCAUUGCGAUUGGAUAUAAAUAAAUUCAAUGUGAAAUUAGAUGAGGCUAAAAUAAAUGUUUUGAAAGCAGAAAGAGAACGUGAUGAAAUUUCACAAGAAAUGGAAUCACUACAAGAGCGCAUAGAAUAUCUCCAAGAGCAAGUGCAACUGAAGACCAAUCAAGUUACUGAUUUAACGGAAAAAUUGCAGCAGAAAAAUUUCGCAUUAAUUAAUGUGAAGAAACAAUUGGAAUCAGUACAUUCCGAAAAAAUGAUACUGCAAAGGAACUUGGAAACAUGCACUCAGGAAAGAGAUAAUUUUAGAAUAUUACAAGCGAAAAAUACUCAUCAAAUAUCGCAAUUAACAAAUGAAAUAGCACAAAAUCAGAAUAAGAUUAAUUCACUGAAUAUGCGUAUUGAACGUUUGAAUAAUGAUAAGAAGGACUUACAAUCCGAAUUGAAGAAUAAGGAGAAUUUAUUGGCAAGUGUGCGGCAAGAUCUAAAAGAAAUGAAGUAUAAAAAUGAGCAAUAUAUGAAAACUAUAACCGAUGAUGAGAAGAAAUUUAUGAGAAUCAAGCAAAACUUGGAGGAAACUAGAAAGGAAAAAAAUUUAGUCGGUUUGCAAAUGGUACGCAGAAAUGACGAAAUUAUUUUACUCAAGGAAAAGUUGGAUGUACUACAAUUAGCUUUAGAUCAAGGACAAUCACAAUACAAUCAGCGUGUAGAAGACAUACGUCUGCUAAAAACAGAAAUAACCAAACUACAAACCGAGCGUGAAUGUCAUAAAAGGGCUUUAAAUAGUACAGCCGAUAUGAGAGAAGAAAUAAUACGCCUCAAUCGACUACUUAAUCAAGAACGUGUAAAAGUGCGUGCUUUAAUGGAAGAUACGAAGGUGCCAACUGCAGUACACCGUUGGCGCAUACUUAGAGGUGAAGAUCCCGAAAAAUUUGAUUUGAUGCAGAAAGUUCAAGUUUUACAAAAGCGUAAUCUUAAGCAACAUGUCGAAAGAGGUAAUAUAGAAAAAGAACUAUAUGAAACGAAAAAUAUGUUUGAUGCUUUGAAAAGAUCUGUGGAAAAAUUACCAGCAAGCGAUGUGAAAAGGAAACUGUUGGAUUGUAAACGGGUUUUGGAGAGACGGACAUUAAUGUGGAAAGUAUGUCAAAGUGAAUUAAGCGUUUGUGAAGUUGAAUUAAAAACACGUCAAAGCAUAAUUGAUGAACUCAGGUCACAAGUGGCGAAAAUGACAGAAAAAGAACGUGUGCGUGGAGAACAUAUAGAACCUCAAGAAAUAUCCACUGAAAACUAUGUGGAAGCCAUUUUUGAAUCCAGUGAUGAUCGAUCAUGUCUGGUACCGGGUGUAAUUAACAUUGCUAAAAACGAUCAAGAAGGAACUCCAAGAACACUAUAAUAGUCUUAAUAAUGAUUUCCGUAUGGAUCAAAAAUGAUGGCUUAAAAUUGGGAUAUUUUGUAAUUUUCAAGCCAUUAUAUUUGAUCCAAAUGGAAUGUUAUGUGCUAGAUUAGAUUUGGUUUAAGUUAAAUU